AAACAUCCCUUCCUUUCAGCUCUUCCAAACCAGUUCGUAUGAUUACACUUCGUUAGUGAACUAGAAUCAUAUCUUUGUUGGAGAUAGAUGUUGUAGAUCAAGAUGUCGAAGAAAGGAGCUAAAACAUGUUCAGCAGUAGUACGGCCACUCAUGCUAAUUUUCUUCAUGAGUUUUGGCUUGUGUUUUGGCAGUGAACUUGAGCUUCUCUUGUCCUUCACGGCUAAAAUCAAUGAUCCUUCUAGCUUCCUUUCAGACUGGAAUAAUUCCUCUGCCACCUUUUGUCUUUGGCAUGGUAUCACUUGUGAUAAUUCCUCCCAUGUUACCUCUGUUGAUCUUUCCGGACAAAAUUUUUCCGGUGAAGUUUCCUCCUCCAUUUUUCAGUUACCCUAUGUCGAAGCUAUAAACCUCUCCAACAACCAGCUUUCCGGGGAGAUUCCUCAUGAUGCACUUUCUUCGUCUCCACCUUCACUUAGGUUCCUCAAUCUUAGUGACAAUAAUUUCACCGGUUCAAUUCCAAAUGGUUCAAUUUCCCAACUUGAGACGUUGGAUCUCUCAAACAACAUACUCUCCGGGGAAAUUCCACCAGAAAUUAGAUUCUUCUCGAGUCUGAAAUAUCUUGAUCUUGGUGGGAAUGUUUUGGUGGGUGAAAUACCAAUUUCCAUAUCAAAUAUCAGCACCCUGCAGUUCUUGACCCUGGCUUCAAACCAAUUAGUAGGCAGAAUUCCUAGUGAAUUGGGCCGAAUGAAGAACUUGAAGUGGAUUUACUUGGGUUACAACAAUCUUUCCGGUGAAAUUCCAAAGGAAAUUGGAGAGUUGAAUUUCUUGAAUCAUCUUGAUCUUGUCUACAACAAUCUCACUGGAGAAAUCCCAUCCUCUCUGGGAAACCUUGUUGACCUUCAGUAUCUCUUCCUUUACCAAAACAAGCUUACCGGUUCAAUUCCGACCUCCAUUUUUGGCCUUAAAAAGUUGGUUUCUCUUGAUCUCAGUGAUAAUUCUUUGUCCGGAGAGAUUCCCGACUUCUUGAUUCAGUUACAGAAUUUGGAGAUUCUUCAUCUUUUCUCCAACAACUUUUCAGGGGAAAUUCCGAGAGCUUUAACUUUUUUGCCUCGUCUUCAAGUCCUACAACUUUGGUCCAACAGAUUCUCCGGCGUGAUUCCGGAAGGUCUUGGAAUUCACAAUAAUCUCACAAUCCUCGACCUUUCCACCAAUAAUCUGACCGGAAAGAUUCCAGAGGGACUAUGCAAUUCAGGGCGCCUUUUCAAGCUGAUUCUCUUCGCGAAUUCUCUCGAAGGCAAUAUACCGAGCAGUUUGAGUGCAUGCAAAAGUUUGCAGCGUGUCAGGCUACAGAACAACCGUCUCACCGGCGAUUUGCCAUCGGGAUUCAUGAAGCUGCCACUUGUAUACUUUUUGGACGUCUCAAACAACAGUCUCACCGGAAAAGUUGGAGAGCAAGAAUGGGUCAUGCCGGCCCUUGAAAUGCUGAAUUUGGGCAAAAAUGGCUUCUUUGGGAAUUUACCGGAAUCAUUUGGCAGUGAUAAGCUCGAGAACUUGGAUUUCUCGGGAAAUAGUUUCUCAGGUACAAUCCCAAGUAGCUUUGGGGGGUUAUCCGAGCUAGUGCAACUAAACCUACGAGAAAACAAGCUCACUGGAGAAAUUCCAGGGGAAUUAUCUUCAUGCACGAAGCUUGUGAGUCUAGACCUUAGUCAUAACCAGCUCAGCGGUCCAAUUCCGUCGAGUUUCUCCAACAUGCCCGUUCUUGGCCAGCUUGAUCUGUCAGAAAAUCAAUUGUCCGGCCAAAUACCGGCAGAUUUAGGCAACUUGGCAUCACUUGUUCAGGUGAAUGUUUCUCACAAUCAUCUAUACGGUAGAUUACCGCACACCGGUACCUUUCUCGCUAUAAACGCAAGCGCAGUCUCAGGUAAUAAUCUCUGUGGUGGCGAUGAUACCAGCGGUUUGCCACCAUGCAAACACUCCGUUAAGAAUCCGGUAUGGUUGUUUCCCGUUGUUUGUUCAGCUGCUGCUGUGCUUGUGCUUGCUCUUGCUGCUGCUUUCAUUGCUUUUAUUAGAAGAAGGAAGAAUUUGGAGCUUAAAAGAGUGGAGAAUGAAGAUGGAAUAUGGGAAUUGCAAUUUUUUGAUUCCAAGUUUUCGAAAUCAGUAACAAUUGAUGAUAUUUUGCGCUCAACCAAAGAAGAUAACGUGAUUUCUAGAGGAAAGAAAGGGGCUUUAUAUAAGGGGAAGUCAAUUCAAAAUGAUAUGCAAUUUGUGGUUAAGGAAGUCAGUGAUGUGAGCUCAAUCCCAAAGAGCUUUUGGCCGGAUACUGCAGAUAUUGGCAAGCUAGUUCAGCAUCCUAACAUUGUUAAAUUACUCGGAACGUGUCGGUCCGAAAAGAGUGCAUACUUGGUUUCUGAGUACAUAGAAGGGGAAAGUUUAGGCCAAAUCCUUGGCAAUUUGAACUGGGAAAGGCGGCGGAAAGUUGCAGUUGGGAUAACAAAAGCUCUGAGAUUUUUGCACUAUUAUUGUUCCCCAAGUGUCCUCGUCGGCAACAUGUGCUCGGAGAAAGUUAUUAUUGACGGACAAGGCGUCCCCCAUCUGAGAUUGAGCCUUCCCGGUCUUCUUCCCGAACAUACCAAGUUUCUUAUUUCUUCUUCCUGCGUUGCUCCAGAAAUUAGAGAAAGCAAAGAGAUUACAGAAAAGAGUGAUAUCUAUGGAUUCGGUCUCGUCCUCAUCGAAUUAUUGACCGGAAAAGGCCCCACUGACGCUGAGUUUGUGCACCAGAGCCUGGUGGAGUGGGCCCGUUACUGCUACUCCGACUGCCAUCUCGACACCUGGGUGGACCCCACGAUCCGAGGCCAUGCAUCCAACAAUCAGAACGAGAUCGUAGAAACGAUGAACUUGGCCCUCCACUGCACUGCUGGCGACCCCACCGCUCGACCCUGUGCCGGCGAUGUUCUAAAAACCCUAGAAUCCUCCUUCAGAAUACGUUCUUGGGUUUCAUCAAGCCUGAAAUUUUCUUCUCUUUUUUAGUAUUUUCAUGAUUUUGUCCCUGGAUUUUCCAUUUUCAUUUUCUUAAUUUUGGUUUUUAACUCCUCUAAACGUUUUGUUUGAUGGUAUGUUGUUGAAUACAUACUAAUUAAUGAGUGUAAAAAUG